ACGUAAUUAAAUAAAUCCAUGGUAUUCUGCACCCUCUACGGCCCAUCUACCAACAACCACGCUCUCUCAGUGAACGACAAUGUCUGUAAACGGGGCGAUUGCGGAAAAGGAGCAGCAUGAAAAUCAUCCACAACGUUUAGGAAAUAUUCCUGGCACUUCUGCAGGUUCGUUUUCGACAAUGCAUACGCAGAGACCACAGCGACGUCGUAGACGCGCCAAGUCUCUUGUCGGAAAGGCUGCAGAAAAAGUGGUGAAGAAAAGUAAGCAAAAGACUUGGAUUGUCCCUCUUACACUGCUGCUUGGUGCCGUGGGUUUGUACUUAAUGAACCCCGAGCAUAGCUUCGUAAGGCACGGUAUCUUUUUAAGCUAUCGUGUUCCGGGAACAAAUGAUCCCGUCAUGUAUGGAAAGGGUCCCAAGGAUUUCGUUUUCUGCCUCUUCUAUGCCUUGUUUUUUGCGUUUACACGCGAGUUCUUAAUGCAGGAGAUCUUGGAGCCCAUCGGACGACACUUUAAGGUUCUGAAGCCCGGAAAACUGAAACGGUUUUCUGAACAGGCAUACACGCUCAUUUACUUUUCCAUUGUCGGUUGCUGGGGUCUGUAUCUCAUGUACACGACGGAUCUGUGGUUUUUCAACACAGACGCCUUCUGGACCAACUAUCCUCACAAGACGCACUUUGCUUCUUUCAAGGCGUUUUACCUAAUUGAGGCUGCAUAUUGGAUUCAGCAAGCUUUCGUGUUGCUACUGCAACUCGAGAAGCCUCGUAAGGACUACAAGGAGCUCGUGUUUCAUCACAUUCUCACUCUGUCCCUUAUUAGCCUUAGCUACUAUUUCCACUUUACGUGGAUCGGUGUGGCUACCUUUAUUACGAUGGAUGUUUCGGACGUCUUCCUCGCCUUAACGAAGGUACUCAACUACAUCAACACACCUUUGGUGUAUGUAUCAUUUGCAACGUUUAUCUUUAUCUGGUUCUUUAUGCGCCAUUACCAGAUUUUCCGCUUUAUGCACGCGUUGCUUACAACUAUGAAGACUAUUGGUCCUUUUGAAUUGGACUGGGCAGCCGGACAGUACAAGUGUUGGAUUUCCCAGUACAUCACUUUUGGUCUGUUCGUCUGUCUGCAACUCAUUAAUGGCUUUUGGUCAAUCUUCAUCAUCCGCAUUGCCCUUCGCGCCAUCUUCUCGCACGAAGCUCGCGAUGAGCGUAGCGAUGAUGAAGACGAUGAGACUUCGUCUCACGAGUCGUCUGGUGAAUCGCCUACUCGUGACAAAAAGACACAGUAAGGAGUAGGCGUUAUCCAAGAAUACCUGAUGGCUGCAGAAGCUAAAAAAAAGAAAAAAAGCAAAGCCCUGCGCUGUCGGUAAUUGAGAGAAAAUGGUUGUUUUCCUGAGUGUCUUGUGCAGCACGCACAAUUCCCUCGUCUUUGCGAAACGCUUUUAUUUUCUUUUUCUAAACGCAAAACAAUCAUACAGACACUCACCUUUUUCACCCUUCGCUGGAAAGCGAUUCAUUGUAAAAACCUUAUCCAACUUACGGAUCCUCCUUCAAGAGGUCUCUUGCUCCUAGUGAUGCACUACUGGGCAGCGCUAGACAAUACGUUUGCGUCUAGCAAUGCCGUUCAAGUACCACCGUGUCUUGUGUAGCGCCGGCCGAUGCACGCUGUAAUCGGUUUUCGCCAUACAGCUGGCUUGCUAGGACGGGAAUUAACUAAUGAAUGUGGCAGCAACAAGGACAGCAGAGUACGAUUUUGGUUACUGAUUUUGCCCGCUCUGCUGACUUCAGCUACCACUUAUGAAAAUAAAAGUUUACGCAGACACGAUGAUAACCUUCCAAACUUUAUUCGUACCGUGAACAUGUAAUUUGUUUCUCUUAUAACUUAUAUAUAUAACUCUCUAGUUACAGCUAGUUGAAUCAUUUAUACUUUACUUUGUCGACAGAAGAAGAAUUUAUUUCUCGUAAAAAAGAUUGUAGCAACGUUAAGUACAUUUUCGAAGAAC